AUGUCAUCAAAAACUUACAACGCGCUCAUCUGUGAGGCAUCAGAACUAAUCGGUGAAGCGACUCAAGCCGAUGAAGCCAUAUUUGAAGCUGGUGCUGCUGAGAAAUCGACGUUCUACCCUUUACUGUCAGAACUACGAGUUAGAUACACGGUAUUGAUCGUCAGAUUAGACGAAGCGUAUGACCAGAUUGUGCAACCACAAAAGCGCCAGAUAGUUAAAAGGUUGCUCGAAGCGUGCCUGGGGAGGCUUUUAGAAAUCAAAUAUGAUUUGGUGGAGCUGAAUUUGUCGGAUUAUACGUACGACGAUGAUGAGGCUCUGAAACGGCUCAGUGUCACACCACUAGAAGCAGAACCGUGUGUGCCCCAAUAUUUUAUUAGAGAAAGAGAACAGGAAAUAGAAGAUCGGCGACAAUUUAUCAAUGACGUUCUCAGGAAGCUUGGACAUGAACCAGUGAGGCCACUACCGUUAGUACUGACAGAACAGCAAGCCGUGAUAAUAAUUCAGAGUCAUGAAAGAGCUAGACAAGGGAGGUUACGAGGACAAUUUAUGAAGGAAAUUCGACUUUUAAAAGAAAAAGGUAGAGAUCAAAAGGGGGAAAUGUCAGCAUCAGCGGCGACGGCGAUUCAAAGAGUUUGGAGGGGAUUUAUUGCGAGAAGAGCUACUAAAAAGAGAAAGCUACAGGAACAACUCCUCAUUGGUAUGGUGAUGCCUCCUUUUAUGCAUUCAAAUGAAAUUAAAAGGGCUGAAGAGGUGAAACAAAGUCGUCGCCAAUCACAAAAGCAACGCGAAGAGCAAUAUCAGGAAGCUUUAGUAAAAAUCGCGGAGGAACUUCAAGCUAAACACGGGUCAAAAAUUAAUGAACGCAUUGGGGAUGAACUAAGGCGAUGGAUAUCAGAAUAUUAUGAGCGAACAGGAAGACUACCUGAUUUUCCAUCCGAAGAUGCUGGAGGCAGUAGAGCAAUGUUCAGUAGGCAAGGAACUGGUAUGGAUAGCCAGCUAAGUAAAUUGUCACCAAUAUCGUCAAAGGAUUCCAAAAGAAGUAAAGAUAGUAAGGAGAAAAAGAGUAAUAAAAGUGAAGAAAAUAAAAUUAAGGAUAAGGAAGACGUCGAAGACCCUUAUACGUUCAAAUGCACGACAUCAGUUUUUCUGAAAGAAAUCGUGAACACCAAUGAAGAAUAUGAGGAUAUAUGGAAAUACAGAGACGAUGAAGAUGAUCAUCACGAAAAAUAUGAUGGCGAAAUGAUAGAACGAGAAAAAAUGGCUAAAAUAGAACAAGAAAUAAGAAAGAGUAUAGAUGAAAUGAUGAGAACUGAAUUAGACCUAUUGCAGGCAGCGUUUGAUAAGGAUAGAGCUCACAAAGGAAAAAAGUCUAAGAAACCCCAGAAGAAGGUACGACGGGGAGGCAAGAAGAACAAAAAGAAAAAGGAAAAAGAUCUAACCCCCGAUAGAACUACAGAAUCACUUUUCGAAGAACUCGUUACCAAUGGUAUUAUUAAGCCUUAUCCAGUUGUAAGUAUAGAUGAUUUCAUAGGAGAAAAAAACUUCGUUGGCUGCGAAUGGAGGAAGGAAGGUCGAGAGCCUUGUCCAACUUUAGGAGAUAUACGACAAUUAGUGAAGGAAUAUUGUAUUCUACCCCUUGGUUCUGAGUAUGUCAGAACAAAUGCUCCAGUAGUUAGAUCAGUUCUUAUUUCAGGUCCAUCAGGAAGCGGGAAGAAAAUGCUUAUCCAAUCUAUUUGUAGCGAGACUGGAGCAACGCUAUUUGAUUUAACCCCAGCAAAUAUAGUGGGAAAGUAUCCUGGAAAAUCAGGAUUAAUAAUGCUUAUACAUUUAGUGAUGAAAGUGUCAAGACUUUUACAACCUUCUGUUAUCUGGAUGGACGAUGCGGAAAAACCAUUUGUCAAAAAAAUACCAAAAACAGAUAAAACGGACCCGAAGAGAUUGAAAAAAGAUCUAGUUAAAAUAAUAAAAGGGAUUUAUCCAGAAGAUAGAGUGCUAUUCGUCGGCACAACCAGAACUCCCUGGGAAGCAGAACAGAAACUAUUGUUCCAGUGUUAUUCAAAAGUCAUUCAAAUUCCACACGCUGAUUAUGGAAGUAUUUCGUUGAUGUGGCGAACUAAGUUACAUAGAGCUGGUGCCCUGUCGCCACGAUUAGAUGUAUCGUGCUUAGCCAGAGUCUCUGAUUCAUAUACCAUCGGUACUCUUCUAUCUGCUCUUGACUCAGUGCUCACUACAAAACGAAGACUCCAAUUACGCGUGAGAGCGCUAACGGCCCAAGAAGUUGCUGUUCAGUUAAGUGCUCGUGAACCAGUUUAUGCUGAGCAUGAAAGUGCAGCUGAAGCAUGGUGGUUGAAGACUCCAAUGGAGAGGAGACGAUUGAGAAUGCUACAAAAGUUACAAGAGCUGGAACAAGAGAAUGAGGAAAAGGCUGCGGCUGCUGUGAAAUAG